AUGGCCCCGCCAACAUUCCCUAGUAACCUAGGGAUAUCCAGAGAUGAGACAUCCGGAAAGAACUUCGAACGGCUCGACGUAAUUGACCCAAAUGAUGAUUCUCAGCAACCAGACAGCCGGGGACAGUCCCCAAUACCGACUAGGGAUCAUCGACAAGCGGUUUCGGACACGAGUCGAGAUACGAGUGACUCUGAAUCUGUCGACAGCGAUGAAUCAGAUCAUAGGCGGCGUAGCCACACAUCGAAACAUUUUACCCUGCCCCGACACCAGGUUGAGAUAUCUCGUGCCUAUGGCCGUCGCAGCCCAAGCAGAAGAAUAAGACACCAUAGUCGUGAGGCAAGGCCAAGGGUCAACUCCCCAUCACCUUCAAAACGACAGCCUACAGUGACAGAAGAUCCCGGGCCAGAUGCUGAUAGCGAGCAAGACGAGAGUGGCUACAAAACAAAUCGAAUGCGAGACAUCCUUGUGGUACACGAUAGGCAUGGCGACAGUUCCUCGGAUGAUACCUCUGAUCCUUCUACACUUCGAGAAGAAAUUAGGAGGCUUCGACGUGAAAACAAGAGGAUGCGAGACAUCCAAGACAAUGGUGGGUUUGCAACGCGACCUGCCCAAAUUGCAACCACAUAUAAAACCUUCUAUCAAAUCGGGCCCAAGUAUUUUCUUCAAGAGCCUCAUUGGGAGCCAGGAGAGGGUGCCAGUACGGUUCUUGCUUGCGAGAACGGAAUACGAAGCUUCAGUGACUAUGUAGACCAGCACCCAGACAUAGCGUUCACGGUAAUCAAGGUCUACGACCCACGCCCCCCAAUGGACCGUUCGAAAAUUGAGACAAAAGAUGGGGCUUUUCUAACACCAGAGCCAAUGUCGCAAUUUUUGUUGUUCAUCUCGGAUCCUGCAAUCAGAGCUGUCGAAGACUUUGUCGAUCAGGUGCCUCAAUUUCGGGAACUCUUCCCUCAAUUCAACCCACGGAGAAACAUCAAGGCCCCCUAUCUUUUCAUGUUUCAUUGCGCGCCAUACUUUCAAGAAAUCGUAGCUAAAAUGGAUGCUACUGGCAAAUAUCUCAUGGUACAAGUAGAGAAAUGCAUCAGGGAGAGCCAUGGAUUUGAGCAUGAUUCAGCCAAAGCUCUGGCCAAGAAAGGGCGCGUCUCUAAUGAUCUGUUCGGUUAUUUAAUUCAGCCAGGUGAUGUGCUUGUCAAAAGGGCAGGGCCGAGGACCGAGGGAUUUAUUGCGUUAGACUGGGCUACUGAAGCCGGGGCGCAUGAGCAAGAACCAGAAGAUGAUCUGGCAUCUGAGUGGGAUUACCGAGAAGGAGGCUUCAGAGGAUGGGACGCUCAUAAAAAGAAGGAACCUCAGACCUGGUAUAGCUGGACUGUGCCCGUUUGGUCUUGGGGAUUUGAUGGCAACUUUCAAAUGCAAAGGCGUAACCUCAUGGUCGGAUUAGAGGCUAGUUAUUCGGGCGAAAUCAUUCCGAUCGACAAGCUGAAGAUUAUUCCUUUGAAGUACGCAUCAACUAGUAUCCGGAGCCAGCUAGAAAAAAGAGGACGAAUGUUCUGGACACUUAGAAAAGGAAGAUUCGUCAAUUAUCGACAAACUGAGGCGGAAGAUUUGAGCAAGGUAGGUACUCUUAUCUCCACUUUUCGUUGGGUUUCAGGGCUAAGGGUCUUCAAGGUGGAAGGCAGACAUAUGGUUGAUGUUGAGACCUACAAAAAGCUACACCCAAACUCCACCAUGAAUGGGUUACGUCUUAGAUCCAGCAUAUCCUCCAAGAAUAUGAAAAGCAACGAGCCGCCAUCAGGUAACGAUCUCCUAGUAUUUCCAAACAGAAUACCAGGCUUCAACCUCUUGCGCAAGAUGUGGGGUAAGCUGUCGCACACUCUAACAUCAAACUCGAUCCUGCUAACUUUCUUGUCAGUGGACUUGUUUGUCGACUACGUGUCUGAGAUUGUUUGGAAUAAGCAAGCCUUUGAGGAUCUUGUUGCCAACGACGAGACCAAAGAGCUUGUUCAUGCCCUGGUCAUGAAACAGAUUGCGGCGGAACAAUCCACAGACUUUAUUGCCGGCAAGGGCAAUGGACUUAUCGUGCUGCUUCACGGUGGUCCAGGAACUGGCAAGACAUUCACUGCUGAAAGUGUAGCCGAGAUAGCUGAAAAGCCAUUACUACGAGUAACAUGUGGCGACAUAGGCACAACUGCCGAGACCGUUGAAAAAAAGUUGCAGUCUUCAUUUUAUCUGGGGAAAAUCUGGGAUUGCGUGGUUCUUCUGGACGAAGCAGAUGUCUUCCUCGAAGAAAGAGACAUGAAAGACCUCAAUCGAAACGCAUUGGUCUCUGUGUUCUUAAGAGAGCUAGAGUAUCACGAUGGUAUCCUCAUACUAACUUCCAAUCGUGUAGGAACAUUCGAUGAAGCUUUCAAGUCAAGGAUCCAACUCUCUCUACAUUACGAAAACCUCGGAGUCAGUCAACGCCGCAAGAUAUGGCGCAAUUUUAUGCGCCGCAUUAAGUCACUUGACUCGACUGUUAAUUUCGAUGAUAUCGUGGAUAACAUAGAUGAGCUAAGCAGCGUUGAGCUGAAUGGGAGAGAGAUCAGAAAUGCAAUUACGACUGCGAGGCAACUUGCACAAUUCAAAAAUCAGCCAUUGAGCUAUUCACACCUCGACCAUGUACUACGCGUCAGCCGACAGUUUGGUCGGUAUUUGAAGGAUCUAAGGGAUGGUUUGACUGACGAUGAUGUGAAACGUGAAGGUGGUUUGAGGCUGUCUUAUAAAAACUCCAGUAAUCGCCCUGAAAACUCCCUCUUUUAA